AUGGUCCCCGCUCCACCUGCUGUGGUAGAACCACCGGUGGCGGCCAUGAUGCCUCCGGUUUUCGACCACCCUCUUUACUCAAACAUGAUAAUCGAGGCCAUUGGUGCUUUGAAAGAGAGGAAUGGAUCAAGCAAAAGGGUCAUUUUAGCUCACAAACGGUUGCCAUCGAAUCACGACGAGUUGUUGACUCAACAUUUGAAGCUCUUGAAAAGUAGCGGUCAACUUGUUAUGGUAAGGAAGUCUUAUAAGUUUGCUCCCUCUGCCGAAUCCGAAGUUCCAGUGUCAGAUUCUGCUACUUCGAACGUCCUCGACGGUUCUUCGGCUCCAAAACGUGGUCGCAGGCGUCCUCCUAAGCUAAACUGA